AUGGCGUUCGCAUCCCUUCGUAACUCCCUGCUCCCUUCACCGACUCGCCUCAUUCGUCCGACCAUGGCAUUCUCCCACCAAGCUCGCCCAUUCUCUUUCUCCUCAUACCUGGUGACUCCCAAAGAGCUGGACACCGCUCUCAAGAAGAAUCCCCGCACGAAGAUCGCAACUUCACCCCGGGUGGUUCCGCUAUGCGCUGCCUGGUUCAUGCCGAACGACCCUGAGGGUCGCAAAGGAAUUGACGUCUUCCGCAAGCAUCGCAUACCGCAGGCCCGGUUCUUCGAUCUGGACGAAGUCAAGGACCAGGACUCGCCCUACCCGCACAUGCUCCCCACCGCCGAGACCUUCGCCGAGGCCAUGGGCGAGCUCGGGAUCCGGCGCGACGACGAGAUUGUGGUUUACGACUCCGAGGAAGUCGGCAUCUUCAGCGCCCCCCGUGUCGGCUGGACCCUACGAGUCUUCGGACACCCCCGAGUCCAUGUCCUCAACAACUACAGACUGUGGGUUCGCGAAGGAUUCCCCACGGAGACCGGGGAGCCAUUCCAGCCCAAGAAGACCAACUACCCGGUGCCGACCUACGACUCCAAGCUGGUGAUCCCGUACCGGGAGCUGAAGGAAAUCGCCAAGGAGCACAGGAAGGAGGGCGCGAAGGAAGUGGAGAUCCUGGACGCACGAUCGUACGGCCGCUGGGCGGGAACCGAUCCAGAGCCGCGCCCGGGGCUAUCGUCGGGUCACAUUCCUGGCUCCCAAAGCCUGCCUUUCCAGGAACUGCUGGAUCCCGAGACUAAGACCUAUCUCCCGGCAUCGGAGCUACGCAAGAUCUUCGAGAGCAAAGAUCUAGAUACGUCCAAGUCUAUCAUUAGCUCUUGUGGCACUGGUGUGACGGCGACGAUCAUCGAGACCGCAUUAGCCGAGGCAGAGUUUGGUGAACCCAACCUGCGGAGAGUAUACGACGGCAGCUGGACUGAGUGGGCGCAACGGGUCAAGCCGGAAGAGGGUCUGAUCAAGAAGAAAACCAUGUCGGCCGGACGCAAGGUCUUCCACUGUGCCGUGGAUGAGACGGCCUUAACCACCAACAUCAGCGAAAUAAAAAAAUGGACCACCAACGGCGCCAUCACACUCAUCGUCCCUCUUUACACCCUUGAACGCCUCCACGGCCUGAAGAGAGCCGGAUCUCAGGUCGCUAUCAACGCCCGGGAGGCGGUGCGUUUUCUCGACCGCGUCACCUCCGGCAAGGACAACAUUGCCGCCGAACGAAUCAUCCUGCAGGGUCCGAUGGAGCAGUAUGAAACCUGGGCAGAGGCCGAGAAGUACUUUCUGCCCGAAUUCGAGGAGGAGCCGGACACUGCCCCCGGAGCUCCGGACGGCCAGGUGGCGCAGAGGAACCGUGAGGAUAAAAGCAAGGACAACAAGAAGAACAGCCCUGCCCCGGAUGACCUGUCGCAAAUGCUUCUCAACAAGCUGAACUUCAAGAAAGAAUCGGACGCCGUCUCGCUCACCUCCAACGGCACCCACAGCGCUCCGGCAUCCCGUCCGUCCUCCAGGAGCUCUCGCACCAGCCCCGAGUGCACGAACUCCCAUGUCAUUGCGAACGGCGUGGCGAAGGACGGCAAAGCGAAGCCCGAGAGCGGACAUCGCCGAUCUGCAUCUGGAUCCACGAUCCCGACAGUUCCCCUGAUGCUCCGGCCCCUGCUCAGCGCCCUUCUCUGGCGGCUGCACAACGGCCCGGACGCAUCCAAUGCCGCGAAGACUUGUAUUCUUAUUACAAACGAUCACCCCACCCAGGUGUGGGCGCAGAAAUUCGGCAUCGGCGUCAAGAAUAUCCAUCAGCUGCGGACUUCCAUCCAGUACGAGGAGCGGGAGUACAAGAACCGGUGCAAGUAUGUGGAAAAGACCCAGAUCCCGGCCCCCGAGCCCAAGACGAUCCUUGCCUACGAGGAAGAGAGUGACGAGGAUGAGCUGGUGUUUGUGCCCCGCGGUCGUGGCAAAGGCGCAGUGGCUCGAGGGGGAGGCUCGCGCGGCGGCACCACUCGCAAGCCGGCUCCGCCCAAGCCCGUCGCCCCGCCCGUGGAGGCUGCGAUUGAGAUUCCGUCGCAGCCAAUCGACCCCAACUCCUUCAGCCGGUCGCUUGGCGCGAGCAAGCAGGCGCCCACGGUUGAUCUGAGCACUCAGUCCGGGGCAGCACGGGGCAUGGCGGGAGCGUCGCGCAACUACUCAAACAGUCGGCGCGGGGCGUCGCGCGGGCCGUCUCGCGGCAACGGCCGGGGUCGUGGCAAGCUCUGGGUUCCUUGA